AUGUGGCAUCAACAUGCCUGUAUGUUUGGCAUUUUGUCUACAUGUUCUGUUUUAAUAAAUGCUAUAAUUUCAGUGAAUUUAGAGCUACCAGGACAUAGCUUUGCACUAUCUAAUAAUGAAAAAUUUCUCAUAGCUGAAUCUAUACAAAAAACAAUUCAAAAGAAGUCAUAUAUAGAAAUAUUAGAUUGUAUUGCCUGCUUAACUUAUUGGUUAAAUGCAUACAUCCUAGCUAUAUUUCCUUAUAAGCUCAGAUUUCAUCGAAAUCACACAUACAAAAUAAUUUCGAAUUUAUUUUGGGAUUUAAUUGUUAGACCGUAUAUGUGGAUGUCAACACUUUAUUCAGUGUAUACAUUUCUAGUUCUACUUGAUGAAAUUGGAUCAUUCGAUAAUCGAAUUAGUAUAUACCUUAAUGAAAUGUUAGAUAUGAUACGUUCUAAAAAUUUAACUGCCGAUGAUUUCACCAUGUAUACAAAUCAUUUUGAAAAUAUACAAAGAGAAUAUCAAUGCUGUGGAGUACAUUCUAUAACUGACUGGUUCGGUAUAACAGAUUAUCAAGAAGUGAAUAAUAAUACAUCAAUAAAUCAACAUCCAUGGAAGACUAUUACAUAUCAUAUACCCAAAAGUUGUUGUAAUCCAGAGAAAAUAUUAACCUGUUCAAAGCAAUUUACUGAUGCAAUCGAAUUAAAGUCUUAUCAAGUCACUGGUUACCCAUCCUUUCAUUAUGAAAGCCUGCCAUUGUAUACAGAUGGUUGUUUGAAUAGAAUAGUUGAUGAUGAAAAAACAAUAAUGUAUGAUUUUAUUACUAAAUAUAGUCUAAUCAGUAUAUGCCUACAUGUGAUACGCUUAAUCACUUGUUAUGCAGUCUAUCAUCAAACCCGACCAACUUAUAAAAAUAAAUCCAAUCAAAACCAGCGGUAUUCUGUUAGAAAGUCGAAUGAUUUCACCACCUUUGAAAAUCUACGUUAUAUAUCUAAUGCUCAGCUAUCAUCUGCCUGUCAAAGUUAUUGGUUAUUUGGACAGCUAGCCAAUCUUCAAGUACCAUUUGCAAAGUUUAAAUCCCAAUGGUUAGAAAAAGGAAUAAGAAUAGGAUGGAUGUUAGUUAUUAAGAAUAAAUAUUAUAUGACAUUUUUACGUAGAAUACAAUUUAAAGAGAAUAAAGUGUCUAUGAGUCGGUUCCGUCAAUUUUUACGCAAUUGGUUACCUGCUUUCGAAAUGAUUGUCUACACGGAUAGUAGUGAUAAAGGAGAGAUUGAAGCGAAUAAAAUAUACGGUGGUUAUGUUGCCCAACUAUGCAGAAUAAUAUUCUUCUUGUUAUUCGGCGUACUUGCAAGUGAAAUUAUGCUAGCUACAAUUAUACCUUUAAAGGCUAAAUCUUUGGAAUUACCAACUGGUGAUAAAAAGAUCCCAGAUGAGAUAAUUCGUAGAGAUGCUGAACUCUUAGCACAGGAUGUUAUCUGGAUAACUAAACUAUUUAUACGAGUAACAAUCAUUCUUGCUGCUAUAAUAUCUCGUAGAUUUCGAUGUUUACUACUUUUAAUUAUUCCUAAUUUAGCACAGACUAUUGGUCUAUCAUAUUUAGGCAGUGAAUUAUUACAUGUGUCUGUAACCGGACCGGUGAGAAAUUCAGAGCAUAAUAUUAUUUCAGCAGCGGAAUCUUUGACAUGUUUUAUGAAGUUGGCGUAUAAUAUGACAAAGGAUGCAACUGAUUUUCUUGAAAGGGGAAAAGAAGAAAUUUCUGAAGAAGGCGAUAUGAACUUUAUGGAAACAAUUAAUAAAAGAUCUGAACAAAUUAGAGAGAAAAUAAAUCAGUAUAAUGAAUCAUUUGAGAAAAUCAAUCGAGAAAUUGAAAAAGCUAAAAUUAUGGCUCAACGUGCUGAAGCAUUUCUUGAUACAGCUGAAAAUAAAACAAAUGUAUACGCUCGUAUGUCUGCAGAAAUGGCUAAAAAAGCUAAAGACGGAAUGAUCAAAAGAGCUGAAGCAAGUAAAGACAGUAUAAAAUCUUUAUUGAAAGGCAAACACACAAAUGAUAGUAGCAUUCUGAAGAAAUUAAGUGAUCGUAUUGAAAAUGGUUUAAAGCUGGAAAACAGUAUAGAAAAUCGAAUGUUAACCACUUGUAUGGUAUUUUAUAAAACACGAGCUACAAUUUGUACCCAAUCAUCUAUUGCAGCCUGUGGUCGUCUACAAACUAUUCUCAUCGCUACAUUCUGGUAUCCAAUAUUAAUUAAAAAUGCUUGUAUACGAAAAGUUGCUGCUGGUUCAGCUUGUCCAACUAAUCAAGCACUUGAAGAAGCUGUGGAACAAUGCAGUUCAACUUUAUCAAAAAUAGGCUUUACUAGUGGAUUUGGCUCGUCAUUUUUACAAGCUCAAGAUGAGUUGAGUAAAAUUCGUCAAGCAUUUCAGUUUACUUUUGGACGUCAGCUACUGCGUACAGAAGCGAUCAGUAGUUGGAUAAGUCAAAAGUCUGGUGCAAUUAAUCGUAUCGCCAAGCGUACAAAAGAAAUUAUCCAUGUUGUCUUCGAGUUAAGUCUAAUAUUAUCAGUUCUAUUGAAAUUAUUAUGCUUUUUAGUAUUUUAUAAAUCGCAUAAAUACAUUACAAACUAUCUAAUGGAUCCAAACUUUGAUAAUAUUUACAUUGAAUCAACAUUUGAACAAAUUGAUCACAGGCGUUCAAUGGAAUUGCGUGAAACACUAUUACCAUUGAAAAAAUAUGAACUGAAUAAUGUUAUAUGGCAUCAAAAGGUUUAUACUAAGAGUGAAUUACGCCGGGUUAUUAGAAAUCUUGUCAAAGUUAUCGGCUUUGGUUUUUGUUUAGCUGUAUUAUUUACUAUAGACAGGUAUAUGACAGAAGCAAUACAAGUAUUAGAUGAGGUAGCGAAUACAAAAUUUAAAAUUGGCGGUGAAGCGAUUGAUAAUGAUGAAAUAGCAGAAAGAACAAUUACAGCAGAUAAAAAUCCCGUAGGUAUCCACGGUGAUGGAAUGUUCACUGAAUUAUUAAAUAAAACAAUGAAAGUUAUACAGUAUAUAAGUAAAAUAGACUUGGCGUAUGAUUUAAGCGUAUGCAGUCCUAAGGCUGAACACAUACACUAUGAAUAUUUGAUACGUUUUAGUCUAUUAUGGGCUUUAAUGAUAGUAAUCUGUCUACUAUCUGGUUAUAUGUUGCGUAUACGACAUAAACUAUUGGAUUUCUUUUACCCACAUCGUUUAAAACGUCGAGUUAUACAUUUGUAUAAUAUAUUGCUGGUGAACAGGCGACGUCGAAUGACUAUAGCACGUAAUCUGUUAGUUCAUCAAUCACGACAAAAUCGAUUACAAGAAGCAGCUGAAGAAAGUUCACAAUAUUCACUUAUUUAUAAUAUUAAUCCAUUUCUAGGUAAUUUAUUAAAACAAAAUAAAGUGAACUGUAUUGUUUGUAUGGAACGUUAUCCAGUUGAUAAAAAAUCAUUGAUCUAUGUAUGCCCAUAUGAUGAUACAGCUAUCUGUCAGUAUUGUUUAACUACUCUAUUCAAUAAGCAUAAAGUUUGUAUUACUUGCCUGGAUAGAAAUUAUACCCGAUUGGAUAAAAUUAAUAAAAAUAUUUCAACAUUAAAAGAGAUAAUUGUCAAUGAUCUACCGGAUCCUUCACUUAUACGCUGA